ACACAGGAAGAUCACACCAUCCCUCGCCAUCAUCAGAGUGGAGACCUGAGAGAUUCUAAAGUCAAUGUCAAAGAGGAGACUGAUGAGGAUGGGGUGAUGGAGGAGUCAGAGUCUGUAAAAGGAUACAAAGAUCUGUACAAAGACAACAUGGUGGAGUCAUCCAGUUACAGAAACCCACCAGAGAGAUGUCCCCGUCCUCUGUAUUCCUGGGACUCCACACAGGAAGGUCACAUCAUCCCUCACUGUCAUCAGGGUGAAGAUCUGAUGAAUAUGAAAGUUGAGGGUGAAGUAGAAGAGACGUAUGUGAGGGAUGAUCAGCAAUAUACGGAGGAGGCUGGAAUGAUGGGGACAUUCAAAGAGGAGGACACUCCUACAGAGAUCAGCACAGGACCCGCCAUCAUGGAACCCUCAAAGUAUCAUCUCCCUUUAUCCAUAGGUUGUAAAAUGGAAGAUGAGGACAUCACAAGAGAUUGGGCAGGCGAAAAUACAAUGAGCUCAGCUAUGAAUGGAGGACUUCACAGUGUGGAUAGAUGUUUGAAUACCACUAACUCUGAGCAACCUUGUACUCUGAGAGAUGGUGCCGGACUUCAGAAGGGGGAGGAGAUAUUUUCCUGUUCUGAACACAAUGAAAGUUUUAGCUCUGAGUUAAGUCUUACUGUACAUCAAAGAUCUGACACAGGUGAGAAGCUUCAUUUCUGUUCUGAGUGCGGGAAAUGUUUCCUUCUUAAAUCAGAACUUGUAAUACAUUACAGAGCUCACACAGGCAAGCCAGUUUCCUGCCCUGAGUGCAGGAAAUGUUUUACAAAGAAAUCAGACCUGGUUAGACAUCUGAGAUAUCACACAGGGGUUAAACCGUAUUCCUGCCCUGAGUGCAGGAAAUGUUUUACAAAGAUAUCAGACCUGGUUAGACAUCUGAGAUGUCACACAGGGGAGAAACCGUAUUCCUGCCCCGAAUGCGGGAAAUGUUUUUCAGAGAAAUCAGUGCUUGUUAAACAUCAGAGAUUACACAUGGGGGAGAAAAUGUAUUCUUGCUCUGAAUGUGAAAAAUGUUUUUCAUAUAAAGCAAGCCUUCGUAGACACCAGAGAUUGCACACGGGGGUAAAGCCACAUUCCUGCCCUGAAUGUGGCAAAUGUUUUAUGUGGAUGUCACAAUUUAUUAGACAUCAGGUAUAUCACACAGGAGAGAAGCCAUAUUCUUGCCCUGAGUGUGGAAAAUGUUUUUCAGAUAAAUCAGACCUUGUUAAACAUCAGAAGACUCACGCAGGGAAAAAGCCGUAUUCCUGCCUUGAGUGCAGAAAAUGUUUUUCAGAUACAGCACAACUUGCUACACAUCAGAGAUCUCACACGGGGGAAAAGCCGUAUUCCUGCCCUGAGUGUGGAAAAUGUUAUUCACAGAAAUCACAUCUUGUUAUACAUCAAAGAUCUCACACAGGGGAGAAGCCACAUUCCUGCCCUGAAUGUGGAAAAUGUUUUGCACGGAAAUCACUACUUGUUAAACAUCAGACAUUUCACACAGGAUUCAAGCCACAUUCCUGCCCUGAGUGCAGAAAAUGUUUUUCACAGAAAUCAGAUCUUGUUAGACAUCAGAGAUCUCACACAGGAGAGAAGCCGUAUACUUGCCCUGAGUGCGGGAAAUGUUAUUCACAGAAACCACACCUUCUUGUACAUCAGAGAUCUCACACAGGGGAGAGGCAAAAUUCAGACCCUGAAAAUGGGGAAUGUCUUACAAAGAUAUUAGACCUGGUUAAACCUAAGAUAUCUCACAUGGGGGAGAGGCAAAAUGAUGACCCUGAAAAUGGGGAAUGUCUUGCAAAGAAAUUAGACCUGGUUAAAAAUAAGAGAUCUCACGCAGGAGAGAAGUCACAUUCUUGCCCUGAAUGUGGGAAAUGUUUUACAUGGAAAUCAGACUUUGCUAGACAUCAGAGAUCUCACACGGGGGAGAAGCCGUAUUCUUGCCCUGAGUGCGGGAAAUGUUAUUCACAGAAACCACACCUUGUUAUACAUCAGAGAGAUCACACUGGGGAGAAGCCAUAUUCUUGCCCUGAGUGUUGGAAUAGUUAUUCACGGAAAAAAAACCUUGUUAGACAUCAGAGAUCUCACACUGGCGAGAAGCCGUAUUUUUGCCCUGAUUGCGGGAAAUGUUUUUCAUGGAAACAAAACCUUGUUAGACAUCAGAGAUCUCAUACUGGUGAGAAGCCGUAUUCUUGCCCUGAGUGCAGGAAAUGUUUUUCACAGAAAUCAGGCCUUGAUAGACAUCAAAGAUCUCACAGAAAAGUGUAGGGAGGGGUUGAACAUUCUUGGGUUCAGUUCCUGGGAGGUAUGCUGAACAGCUCCUAAGUUCUGAAUGUUAAUCCAAACCUCAUUGAAGUCAAUGGGAGUAGAAUCUUUCAAAUUAAUUGAGUCUAUUUUUAAGGCUAACAGGCAAGUGGGUGUUAAAGGGCAGGGGAAGCUGAGCACUGCCCUGGGGGAAAGCGUGAUACAGUAUAUACCAGGAAACUACAGACCAGUCAGCCUAACAUCAAUAGAAUGUAAGGUAUUAAAGAGAAUGGUAAGGAACUAGAUGCUGUGAUAAAGGUAUUAUAAUUGACAACCAGCAUGAAUUUAUGAGAGACCGUUCUUGUCAGACUUACCUGCUAUCAUUCUAUGAGGAAAGAAAUUAGAAGUUCAGUGGGAGUAGUUUAUCUAGAUUUUGUACCUCAUAAUUGUUUAAUCUAGAAAAUAAGUUCUGUUGAUGAAAUUGUAUGUACGUGGAUAUUAAACUGGUUACAUGAAUAA